CGGGCUCGCUUUCUCCCCGCGGCUCCAGGCAGGACCCAGGUGGCCCAGAGAGGGGGCAUCGGCUGAACCAGUGGCUUUGAGAAAAGAUCGAGGGUCACCAUGGGGCGGAGGCUCCGGACAGCAGAGGGCCCUUUUAGGUCAGAACCUGAAGGUCUUUGAGACGAGAAGAGGAGUUGCCCAUUCACCUGAACCUAUGACCCGAGGCUCUGCUCCCGCCCUGUAUCUGCCCAUCGAGUUCCACAAGAUGGGCUCCUUCCGAAGGCCAAGGCCCCGCUUCAUGAGCUCCCCUGUGCUGAGUGAUCUGCCCCGCUUCCAGGCUGCCCGCCAGGCCAUGCAUCUCAGUUCCAAUUCAGCCUGGAACAGUGUCCAGACUGCAGUGAUCAACGUGUUCAAAGGAGGAGGCCUACAGAACAAUGAGCUGUUCUCGCUGAAUGAAAACAUCAGGCGGCUGCUGAAGAGUGAACUUGGAUCCUUCAUUACAGACUAUUUCCAGAACCAGCUGCUUGCUAAAGGGCUCCUGUUUGUGGAAGAGAAGGUUCACCUGUGUGAAGGUGAAAAUCGAAUUGACCUUCUGGCCGAAGUGUGGGAUCACUUCUUCACUGAGACCCUCCCAACCCUACAGGCGAUAUUUUACCCUGUUCAGGGGCAGGAGCUAACUAUCCGCCAAAUGGCCCUGCUGGGCUUUCGGGAUCUUGUUCUCCUAAAAGUGAAGCUGGAGGAGAUGCUCCCCAUGGGGCCGACCAAGGUUCCGUCAUCCAUCGUCCAGAUGCUGCUCAUUCUCCAGAGUGUCCAUGAGCCCACAGGCCCCAGUGAGCGCUACCUGCAGCUGGAGGAGUUGGUGAAACGGGUUGUGUCUCCCUUCCUUGGCACCGGCAGCGGGGACCGAGUCUUCUCAAGUGCUGCUUGUGCACUGGCACGACGGCAUUCUCGAGCCCGCCCCAAGGUGACUGUCCUCAACUACUCGCAGGCGGCGGUGGCGCCCCGACCUCUCCACGAGAUGGCCUUGACCCCCCUGACGGAGCAAGAGGGGGAGGCGUACCUAGAAAAGUGCGGCAGCAUCCGCCGCCACACCGUGGCCAAUGCCCACUCGGACAUCCAGCUGCUCGCCAUGGCCACCAUGAUGCACUCCGGCAUGGGGGAAGAGCCCGACGGUGGCGACAAAUGCCUGCUCCUCCCACCCAGCUUCCCUCCCCACCGGCAGUGCUCCAGCGAGCCCAACAUCGUAGACAGCCCCGAGGAACUCGAGGAGGGGGUGGUGGAUGUUCAGGAACACGGGGACCUCAGCUGUACAUCUCUCAGCUGAGCCGCUUCCCUGGGCAAGGCAGGUGGCCCCAGGAGAAGGAGAACCCCCAGGCAAGAAUUUCCCAGUGGCUAGAGAUGACACCAGAAAGGCUGAACAUUUAUUUCACUGUACAGGGAAGUUUUGGAAGCAAGCCAGGUUUAAUUCUAUCCUCAAGGUCAUGUCCAGAUGCCAGGACCUUCAUUUCCCUUUGGUGAUACUGCCUCUGCAUCCCUCCCUGACCCUCGUCCUCCCCGUUUGGAUGAGACACUGUCUAACAUCUCAAAGACCCAGUUCCAUAGCACCCCUUGCCCUGAGUCUCUGGAUUCUAACCCUCUUGCCCAGGCAGCCUCUUCUAACCAUCCCUAAGGCAGUUUCCUUCAACAGUGAAUUCUCUUGGGCUGCCCGGGGUAUUCCUCAAUAUGAGUGGCAUUAUCCUAGCAAGGGGUGGUUGAGGACCUUGGUCGCUUGGUUGACUGUACCAACAGGAACGUUUCCGUUGGAGUGAUCUUUCUUGUUGCUCUUGAGGCAAAGAUGCUGAGGAACAUAGAGAGGAGGAAGAAGACAGAGUUAACUUCCUUCUUUGUUGGGAAAGUGAAAGAUGAGAAGACUCUUAAUCUCCAAGAUGCCAAAUGAAUGAAGACAUCCUAGGAAUGCUUUGAAUUCAGAGCAUCUUGAUUUGUGUGUUUCAUAUGUAAAGGAAGAGUUGUCCCCAAAAGUGGGACAGGAUGGAGUUUAUGUGGGUAGCGUUUCAAAUCAAGUCAAAAAGGGAGUUGUGGCUGGGAUGGCUGUGUUGGACCCAGACAGUUCCUCCUGGGGGAUCCUUGUCAAAUACGAAGAACGUGUGUGUGUGUGUGUGUGUGUGUGUGUGUGUGUGUGUGUGUGUGUGAGAGAGAGAGAGAG